GGAAAGUGAAUGGGUCAGCUUGGAUAUGUUACUCAACACAUUCAUUUUUUUCACAUUUGCUGCCCUUGUGUUAAGUAGCCAAGCGGCGAAUAGCACCCGACCGGUGGCAAAAGGUCUGAACGUCGCGAAGCAGCAGCUGACGAAUGGAGCUCGACAAAUUGAAAAGGUCGAGAGCGCAACCGAAAGUGCAGAGUGGCGGGAAAAAUCGAACGAUGACAAAAGUCAAAGCGACGAGGUGGUAUCGAUCGCUGCAUCGGACGCCGAUAAGAAGUUGUACAAGAGAUUGUUCGUGCAGCGAAGAAAGGAGCACGCCAAAGCCGUGCAGAGCAUCGAGAAAAUGUCCAAAUACGAGCUCCGAUAUAAUAUGGUAAACAUUGUACUUGACACGAUCAUAGAGGUAAUUGAGUCGAGGCGAUUGUUAUUGAACAGCGUCACCGAUGACCAACUCACUCGGACGACCUUCAUGAACGCCACCAGCGAAGAAGAUGCCGAAUUCGUCGAUGCGAUCUCCAAUGUGCUGGAAAACGCGGCUCUGUUCGCCGAAAUCGUGUGGAAACAGCCGGACAUGGCUCGACUGUUUUUCAAGAUCAAAGAAAAACUAUCGGAGACGAUUAGCUGGUCGUUCGGCUUCGUAGAACGUUGCCGCUUUCUGCUCGACGACACGACUCUCGAGAAAAUUCAUCUGGCCAGUCAAGAACUCGAGAUAAUCGAGAGGGAGCCCGGCUAUUCCAAUCCGAAUUCUCAGAUCGGCCCGAGAAACUCCGACAAGGAAUCGAAGAAGAAGAAGAAGAAAAAGAAAGGACCUGUCAUGGCUAAAUAUGAACUGUGACGAUGGCACGCUGGACGUGCAAUAUGUUAUCAAUACGAAAGCGAAGCUGGCGAUAAUGAUAGCUCGUGGGCCCGGUGAAGCUCGACCGAUCGGUAAUGCCGAGCUCGUUACGCGAG